AUGCAAUCUAAUUUUUGGUGGAAAAUCACCAAAAAAGAACAAGCUCAAUUGGUUAUUUCUGGAGUGCUUGGUGCAAUCUUAUUUUUUUUCUCAACAACUCUAGGGAAUUUUAUAUUGAUUGAGAUUCGAUUCAAUAUUUUAUUUUCAGCUUAUUUUGGAUUAAUAUUCAUAUUAACAGGUUGUUAUAUUUUGGUGAAAACUAAAAUGUUAGUAAAUUAUAGAAUUUUUACUCAAUGGACUUUAAAACAAAAAUUUGUAUUAUCAUUUGCGAUUGUUAUAAUUCUAUCAGGUUUUACAUGCUUCUAUUUAUACUUUGAUCAAGAAUGGCAUUAAGGAUUGAGUUUUUAUAGCAAAAUUCCUUUAUUUGUGAUUUUGGGAAUGUCUUUGAGUUCCACUAUAUGCUAUUUAAUUGUUGAUCUAAUCAAUUUUUUAGUUGGUUUAACUCAAAAAGUCUAAUAAAGAACCAUUAUGGAAACCCCCAAUUAGAUUGUAUCAUUCAUUGUAAUAAGUACCACUAUUGGAUUUCUUUAAGGGUUAAUAUUUAGCGUUUUGGAUAUUGAGGAUGUCGAAAAUAAAACCACAUCAUUCAACCUUGUUUUGUUUGAGGAAUUGUUAUUAUCUCCUUUUAUUGUUGUAUUAGGUUGUCUAGGAGGACUUUUUAAUGAAUACUUAAGAUUGAAAGGCAGCCACUUACAAUCUUAUACAUUUGAACCUAUUAACGAUCAAUUUACAGACGAAAUUUGA